AUGAAUGGCUCUGUUGAGUAUGUACUCCAUUUAUAUUCUCCAUUUUUUCAUGCAACAAAUGAUGAAUUGAAUUUCGUUGGGACAAAGAUGCCCGUUCCAAGGCUUAAUCCCGAAGUUAUUCGCGAUAUAAUUGUUUCGGCACAAGAGCAUUUUAAAAAUCAACCGAAUGUAUUAAACCUUGAACUCCCGAUGUAUGUUGUUGGCGAUAUACAUGGCAAUCUUAAAGACCUACUAAGAAUUAUUUCUCCUCAUUUAAUGAAUUCUAACGCAAAAUUCCUAUUUCUGGGUGAUUACGUUGAUCGAGGAAGCUUUUCUCUUGAAGUCGUUACACUGCUUUAUGCUUUAGUCCUCAAGUUCCCAAAUCGUUUUUUCCUUAUUCGCGGCAACCACGAAGUAACUGGUGUUUCCAAAGUCAACGGCCUAUAUAGCGAUUGCCUAUUCAGCUAUAAUGCAAUUGAUUUAGUUGCUCCUAUAUAUGAAUCUUUCAGUUAUUUGCCACUUGCUGCAAUAAUUGGAGGAAACAUACUUUGCAUACAUGGAGGUCUUGGCCCAUCAUUUAACUAUAUCGACCAACUGAAGCAUUAUCAGCGACCAAUUACUGAAUUGACAGACGAAGUUUUAUCAGAUUUACUUUGGUCAGAUCCCAAUACAAUGGCAUCGACAUAUUUAGAAUCACCUAGAGGCAAAGGUAAGCUUUUUGGAACAAUUGCUAUCAAUCAAUUCCUUAAAGAUAAUAAUAUCAGAUACAUUAUAAGAGGACACCAAUGCGUAGAACAUGGAGUUGAGUUUUUCAAUGAAAAUAUAUUUACCAUAUUCUCAUCAAGCUUCUAUAAUGAUGAAAAUGAAAACAAAGCUGGAUAUCUGUUCCUUUCCGAACACGGACAUCAUCAUUCAAUCAUUUUAGAGCCAUUCCAUCAUACGUCACGCAUUAAUGCAAACUUCCAAGAUUACAUGAACUUAUCAAUCAGAAAACCUAAAUCGUAUAUCGGAGAGACUUCUUCAGCAUAUAAAAAUCAAUUCGCUGCAAUGAGCAUAGUUGUUAAGAAACCAAAUACUUAUAUGAUAGGAAAGAGAAGAACUGUGGCGCCUUCCAGUGCGAAAGUUCGAAAAUGA